AUGCCAAACAUAAAGGUGUUUUCUGGCAGCUCAAAUCGAGACCUGGCUCAAAAGAUAGCCGACCGUAUUGGCUGUCGAUUAGGCAAAGUUACUUCUAAAAAGUUCAGUAAUCAGGAGACAAGUGUUGAGGUUGAGGAGUCAGUCCGCGGGGAAGACGUUUAUAUAAUACAAACUGGCGGCGGAGAAGUCAAUGACAACCUUAUGGAACUACUUAUAAUGAUUAGCGCCUGUAAGAUCGCUUCAAGUUCCCGAGUGUCCGCAGUCAUCCCCUGUUUCCCAUACGCAAGGCAAGACAAAAAGGAUAAAUCACGCGCUCCUAUCUCUGCAAAAUUAGUAGCUAAUAUGCUGUCAGUUGCCGGAGCUGAUCAUAUCAUAACGAUGGACUUACAUGCCAGUCAAAUCCAAGGAUUUUUCGAUAUCCCUGUUGAUAAUUUGUAUGCUGAGCCUGCAGUUAUCAAAUGGGUCAAAACAAAUAUACCAGAAUGGAAAGAUUGUUGUAUUGUUAGUCCAGAUGCUGGUGGCGCUAAAAGAGUAACUUCAAUCGCGGAUCAGUUAAAUGUUGAUUUUGCCUUGAUUCACAAAGAACGGAAACGUGCAAACGAAGUGGAUCGUAUGGUUCUUGUUGGAGAUGUAAAUAACCGUGUCGCUAUCCUGGUUGAUGAUAUGGCAGAUACAUGUGGAACAAUAUGCACUGCGGCAGACAAAUUGAUUGAAGCUGGCGCUGAGCGUGUUUACGCUAUCUGCACUCAUGGUAUAUUUUCAGGCCCAGCUUUGGAGCGAAUUAAUAAGUCAGCUUUCGAAGCUGUCGUUGUAACAAAUACUUUGCCACAAGAAGAAAAUAUGCGGAAAGCUCCUAAAAUUCAGUGUAUUGAUGUAAGCACUAUGUUGGCUGAAGCUAUCCGUCGAACACAUAAUGGUGAAUCUGUCUCCUAUCUAUUUAAUCAUGUCCCUUUGUAA